AUGGAAAAAGCAAACGAAGCAGAUGCAAUGCAAAAAUCAAAAAUUGAUUUUGAUGAAUUGAUAAGUGAUAUCAGUGAUAGUGAAACAGCUGAAACAAAUACAUCCGAUGAGCAACAAAGUGAUAAAGAAAGUUUCAGGCAAAUUAAUAUAAAAAUGGGUGAACGUUUAACAGAUGAUAUAAUUGAUGCAUAUUGUGAUAAAUUACAGGAAAGUGUUAAUAAAGAAGUUGAUGGAAUGCUUGCAAUGCAAUAUAUUUUAUUAGAGCCAAAUUCAAUAAAAAAUUUGAUAAAAGGUGAUAAAAAUAUCUGUCAAGUGAUCUAUGAUCAUUGCCGUGUGCAUUAUUUGGUGUUAUUCCGCAAUAAGUACAAUCCUAAACGCAUCAUUAUUUAUGAUCCCAUUGUACCGCGGCGAAAUUCCGUUCUUGAAACGUUUAAUAAUAGUGUCCGUAAGCAAAUUUUUGCAAUGUUUGGUCAUUUAUAUGAAGAUGAUGAAAUGGUUGAAAUUGCAAUUGAAACGGGUUUAAGAACACAAAAUGAUUCUUGGUCUUGUGGCUUACGAGCAGUUGCAUUCAUUACACAUUUAUUACUUGGCAUUAAUCCGGCUAAUUAUGAAUAUGAUUUGGAAAAAGUUGGAAAAUUCAUUAUGCAAAUUAUUAAAAUUGAUAGGCCUAGUCGUAAAGUAAUUGCUAAUGGACAAUUUGGCCAGAAAAGAGAAGAUAGUAAAUCACGUUUAACAAUUAUACGUCUAACUAAAAAUGGUAUUUUUUCGAAUAAAAAUGAAAGAUUCAAUUUAAUAACCAAGCAAUCUUCGUCCAAAACAUUAUUGAUUGGCAGAAAAGAAAUAAACAUAAGACGAAAUCGUGAAAAAAAAUUAUCAAAAUUUAUCAUUGAUAAGAAUAUGGAUGAUAGUAAAAGUGACAAUGACAGCAGCGGUAGAAAAAUGAAUAAUUAUGGAUGUGUGAACCACAUAAACCAAGGAGAAUGA